AUGUCCACACCAAAUGGGACACGGUUCAACGCCGAAGGCACACACCUCACCUCCCUCGAACUGAUCGGCCAGACGCCCCUCAUCCGCCUCAACAAGAUCCCCCAGUCCCUCGGCAUCGAAGCCACCGUGUAUGCGAAAUGCGAGUUCUUCAACGCCGGCGGCAGCGUCAAAGACCGCAUAGCGUUGCGCAUGAUCGAGGAGGCUGAGAAAUCAGGCCGCAUCAAACCAGGAGACACCCUGAUCGAGCCCACCAGUGGCAAUACUGGAAUCGGCCUUGCCCUCGUCGCGGCAGUCAAAGGCUACCGCACGAUCAUCACGCUCCCUGAAAAGAUGUCCGCCGAAAAGGUCGCCGUGCUGAAAGCCCUCAAUGCAACCAUCAUCCGCACUCCCACCCAAGCAGCAUUUGACUCGCCGGAGUCGCACAUCGGCGUCGCCAAGCGGCUAGAGAAGGAGAUUCCCAACGCCCACAUCCUAGACCAGUACGGCAACCCGGACAAUCCGCUAGCCCACGAACUCGGGACCGCAGAGGAGAUAUGGAAACAGACAGCCGGCAAGAUCACGGCCGUAGUGGCCGGCGCAGGCACAGGUGGCACGAUCACCGGCCUGGCGCGCGGGCUGCACAAGCACAAGGAGUCGAUCAAGAUCAUCGCCGCGGACCCGCAGGGCUCGAUCCUGGCUCUGCCCACGCAGUUGAACGAGGAAUACGCCAACCAGCCAUACAAGGUCGAGGGGAUAGGCUACGACUUCAUCCCGGACGUGCUGGACCAGAAGGUCGUGGACAAAUGGUACAAGACGGACGAUCGGGACUCGUUCCACUACGCGCGCCGGCUCAUCGCCGAGGAAGGCCUCCUCGUGGGAGGCAGCAGCGGAUCCGCCCUCGCGGCGACGAUCCAGGCCGCGAAGGACCUGAACUUGGGCAAGGACGACGUGAUCGUCACGAUCCUGCCCGACUCGAUCCGCUCGUACCUGUCCAAAUUCGUCGAUGACGACUGGCUGGCCGCGAACAACCUCCUCCCGCCGACGCCUCCCGCAGAACCGCAAUCACCCUCCUCAUCCUCGCAACCGCCCUCUCAAUUAUCACGCACCCCGAGCGCCAGAAAGGACGCGGACCCCUUCCACGGCGCGCGCGUCAAGCACCUCCGCCUCAAGCCCGUGCAGACCGUCACCUCGGAUUCCCCCAGCAGCGCCGCCAUCGAAGUCAUGCGCGAAAAGGGCUUCGACCAACUCCCCGUUCUAGCGCCCAGCCCGUCGCGCAGGCUCGUCGGCCUCGUCACGCUGGGUAACCUGCUGUCGCGCAUCUCGCACGGCCGUGCCACGGGCAAGAGCCCCGUCGCGGACGUCAUGUUCGACUUCAGCCACAUCGGCGAGGUGUCCGUGGACAGGACCGACAUGUCCGACUUGAUGACCACGAGCGCCGAUCCCGAGAGCGAACCCGUAGCGCAGCAGCAGCAGCAGCAGCACGAGAAGUUCUCGAGCGAGAUGACGGACAAGGAGAACGGUGCGGCCGUCGACGGGACCCACGCAAGGAGCAGACCCAGGGCCCAGAGCAAGAGCAAGAGUAAGAGCAAAGGCAAGAGGAAACAGUUUGUCGAAAUCACCGUGGAGACGCCUCUGAGUGCGCUGAAUAGGUUCUUUGAGUGGCAGAGCGCAGCGAUCGUGACGGAGCGGGACGACAAGGGAGCCCUGAAACCCACGGCCGUGGUGACCAAGGUGGAUCUAUUGACGUGGAUGCUGAGUGAGCAGAAGGUUUAG